UCCGCCAUGAAGACAUAUAAUAAUAAAAAUAUCUUGCUAUUUUGUUAGAAAGUACAUGACCUGGUCACACUUCUCAAGAUAUUUCCUAGAAAUAAUUGGACUAUGGCAUGGACGGAGAGCUCUCAGUUUAAAGCAGAACCUACUGAAAGAAACAAUUGGAAGAAAAAUAGUAUUGGAAUUUAAAUCCUAAAAAGGCACCGCCAAUUGGAACAUAAGUGAAAAGAAGCAAAGUAAUACCAUGAGCAAAAAAAUUCCGCAGCCUAGAGUAUCGCCCCAGCAGCGCGAGGCCAUGCUGGCCUUUAUGAUGGCCCAUGAGGAUCUGGCAAGAGGCCGUGUCACGGGGCCUGAUGCAGUGCGGCACAAGGCCAAACUCUUGCAAGAGAUGACCACAACAUUAAAUUCAAUUGGGUCUGGGGCCACCAAAACCCCUGAUAAAUGGUUGAAGUGCUGGAUGGACUGGCGAUGUGAUGUAAAAGCGAAAGCUUUAAAAAUAAAAAAGUAUUGUGAGGGCUCUGGAGGUGGGCCAGGCCCUUCACCUCUCACCCAGAUUGAGGAGACCCUCCUCCAAUUUUGUGGGAUUGAAAUGGUGCUUGGGGUGGAGGACGUUCAGGACCCAUUGGAGGUUACAGACAUGAUUCCUCCAACAGAGGUGAAUGAAAAAAUAACCGAUCCCUCUGCAUACGUAGAGGUGGAAGUGAUAGAUGAGGGCUUGGGAGAACGGCACCAUAAAGCGAAAAACUCAUUAGAUAGGCAGGCGAUUGCCUUAGAGCACGUAGCUGGAGGAUUGGCUGAAGUGGCCUCAUCAAUAAAAUUAGGCCUGCAAGAGGUUGCCGCUGCUCUUAGAGCAGUCGCAACUGCAGUGGAGCAGCAGAACAUGACUGCCAUGGCCGAAGACGACUAAGGUGCAUACCAAGAAGCCAGUUGGCGGAAGUAUUUUCAUUUGGUCUCGAACUAUGACUGCCUUCCAAAUGAAGGCAUCGUGGGAACUGCCAGGAUAUUUAGCUAAUAUAUUUAAUAUGAGCAAGUCAUAGUCAUACACCUGAAGAAAAAUAGCACUUAUCAAAGACGGUCGCGACAUCUGGCGUACCAAUAGGUAUUAAACACCUGAUUGCCGACUAUGCUGUCUUGUCACGUCUUAAAUCGCUAUUAGCAGUCUUGAGUUAUUAGUCCAUGACAAAGAAAGGAAUGUUACCUACACCAGAGAUAAGUAUGUACAUAAAGUAUUAUAUAGGCUUAGAGUAAUGUAUUGUGAGAAACUGGGGCCCAAACCAGGCCUCUGUCGCUCGCACAAGGUUACGCGAUAAGUGCGUACCGUUGAGUGUACCGAUGUCGGCACAAGCGCUCAUACAAGUCUCUCAUUUAUGAGCAUUCGUCUCCGCACGACUGCACGCGGCAGGCAACGUUAUUUUGACCUCUCUGAGCGCCUGAUUACGAUUCCUGUUUCCUUGUAGUAAGCGCUUGGUGUCAUUAGUAAGAUUUAUAGAAGUAUUUUCGAUUUUGUGUGAGAGUGAUGUAUCUGUUACGUAGUAACCUAUAGCGUAUGCGGAGGCAAAAGUAACAAGGGCCAAUAGAAACAUUGUCUAUAGUUCGAAAACGGACAGACGAUUUUACGCGUGUGUGCUUGUACUUACUCUUCAGACACUUUCCGUCUUGUAUUUAGUCGAGCGCCGGCAGCGCGUGGUGCGUUCGACUGUUAAAGGUCAUUUUCUAUUUCGAUGUGUUCAAGGUAAGAAUAUAUUGAUUUGUAACACAAAUUAUUGUACUUUUAACGAAGAAUUUAUAUGUGUAAUAUGGUAACUAAGUUUCAUAUGAAAGAUUGUGGUAAUAUUACUGUGUGUAUGUAUUUUACAGUAGUUUUGAAGAUAAUGAAUAUUCUUUUUUAAUACGUGCUCUGGUGCAGUUGUAACACAUGUCCCGGUAUCAAUUGUGACGUUACAAUUGAUCCACUGUUACAGUUGACCCUGUGAACAUUUUUUCAAUAAUAUUUCUUAUUGUUUUAUAAAUCGACCUAAUACAAAUAUUAAAGUUUUAAGAUGUAUAACAAAUAAACUGUUUAUUUACUUAUUAGUAUAGUUCUUUGCACAGGACAAACGUAAAGAAAACACGCCUUUUAAUUACAGCAUAUUAUUUUAAAAAAGUGCAGAUUGAUUUGGACAUUGUGAAAAUGCUCAUGUAUCAUGAGAAUAUUGAUCAUGAUACUUGAGCAUCAUCAUGACCAAAAAAGGUUCUAUACCCGAACAUGAGAAUAUUGAUGUUAUUGCCCACUCAUAUUUUGCCGCAAACCACCUACUCCCUGCACAUCCUACCCUUUCUAGAACCUCAUUCAUCAAGUACUUGGGUGUUAUUGUGGAUGACACUCUUAGCUUUCGCCAGCACAUUAAUGCUGUAUCAAACAGAGCCCGUAAAUUAACCAACAUUUUUAAAAGCCUUAGACAUGUUGGUGAUCCCCGAGUUGUUAGAAUGGUCUAUCUGGCACUAUGCCAAUCUAUUUUGAUGUAUUGCAUCACUGUGUAGGGUGGAGCGCCUACAUCAGCCCUGCUUCCUCUCGAAAGUGCACAUAUUUGAGUAUUAAUCUUAAUACUCAAAGUGUGUCAUUUCCUUCCACGACUUUAUCCAACUAGUGAGCUCUAUAAGCACUGUAAAGUCCUAACUGUCCGCCAAUUGUUUAUCUUGAAUGUCACUCUGUUCAAACACUCAAUUAUUUUUCGAUCCAACCUACAAUAAUAAAAGAAUGAAACACACUGUGUGCUCCUCAGUAACUUUCGGUACUAAAUUCGCAGGUAAAUUCUUCUGUUUCCUCGGAAGUUAUUUAUAUAAUAAAUUAAACAAUAUAUUUGCCUUCUAUCCUCUUAACUAAAAAUGAAUGUAAGACUAAAAUUACAAAGUGGUUACUCAGUCUUGAUUAUCAGUCCACUGAAGAUCUCCUAGCUAUUC